AUGAAGCUGCGCCUUACGCGUAAGGGCAAGAGAACGGCUCCAGUCACCGCAACUUCUCCUCCACCUCCUCGCCGUCAACGCGUAGUGAGCAUCUCUUCCCCCACCAGGUCCUCGGACACGAGCUCGACCCAGGAGACAAGCUUGGCCCUGGAGAAGGCCUCUGAUCUAGAGGCGGCAGACCCGCAAUUGGACCUGACCACUCCGAUGCCCAUCCAGAGUGUAUUGCCUGCCCCGCCUUCGUCCUCUGGCGAUCAGCCCCCGGACUCGCUGGCUCCCUCCGCCUCUCCUCUUCUUGGGCCUCCGAGCUCGGCCUUGCCGCCUCUGAACCUGACUUCUGCAAACCUGGCCUUUGAAGCUUCCUGGAGGCUCCCUUCAGAGACCGACCCGGCCUACGUGCCUGCUGCUGACCUAUCACCUAUCUUUGGUAGGGUCGACUUCUAUGGGGACUUGGCCAUCUCCUGGCAAUCAGCCAAUCGGCAGUUCUGGGAGAGCAAUUCCCCUUUGGAGGAGUUUGAUCAAAUUGCUCGCUCCUUGGUAGCGCUUCAACGAGAGAACGCGGUGCUCAAGUCACGUCUUCGGGAACUAGAGCCUCCUGCGGCUUCCUCAACUCCUCCCGAGCCUUCUCUUGGAAGCUUGGAUGCUUAUCUGCAUGCCGCCGGGGAAUCUGCGGCCUCAGCUCGGGCCAUUUCCCAUGCCACCUUCGAUAAACUUCAACGGUUGGAGGCGGCUUUGAAGGCAAGUGAGUCUUCCUUGGCUUUUGAAGCAGAUCGUCAUCAAGCGACAUUUUCUGAGCUGAAGGCCAAAGAGGCAGAGCUGCUCUCCCGAUCGACGGAUUUGAGUUCGCUACAGCAAAGUCAGGAGCUCCUGCAAACGGGGUUGGCCGAUGCCCAGGCCCUGGCUAGUGCUGCCGCUAGCCGGGAAGCAGCCAUGCAGACUCAGUGGGAAGCUUGCCAUGCCACUCUCCAAUCCUUGCGAGCGGAGUUAUCGAAGGCCCAGGAAGCAGUGUCUCAGGGCCAGAGCGAUUUAUCCGUGGCCCGUGCCGAGGUUGCUGAGAAUAAGAACAGUUUGGAAGCGUACCGAGCUGGCGAAUCAGAGCGGCUAAAGGCGUACAGACUGGCCUACCUCCGCUCUUCCUUCUUCCUCCAAAAGCUGGGACGCUGGAUGGUCUUGUUGCUCUGUCAUGGGGCCGCUGGUGGGGAAACCUUCCCUUCCUUCGAAGCUGAUGACGGGCUUUUCCUCCUGGAGGCUCCUCAUCCUGCGGCCGAUCCAGCUCCCGGGGAUAUUUCUGCCUAG